AUGGUCAAGUUCAAUUAUCUCUCCUUAGCUCCUGUAAUCCUGGAUCCCAACACUGCAGACACAGGUCUCAUCCUGUCCAGGUACUUGACCAUCAUUGGACACCGUGAUAAAGCACUACAGCUCCCUGACAACCCAGAGAGGGUUUAUGGAUGUGUCCUAGGUUCUGAGGGUUAUAACUCAGGAACACACAGCUGGGAUGUAGAGAAUUUUUGAUGGUUACUAUUGGGCUGUAGGUGUGGCCACAAAGGAUGCCAAAAGAUCUGGUUGGUCUAGAUCUAGCGGUAUGCCAUACUACCUGGGAUAUUUGGACUACCUGUGUUAGUCACUUCCUAGAAUUUUCCCCAAAGUAUGAUGUCCAUCAUCUUGAAGUGAAUCACUUUCCCCGAAUGAUGAGAGUGCAUCUGGACUAGGACAAGGGAAAGCUGUCAUUCUUUGACCUUGAUGAAAACACACAAAUACACACAAUCACACACUUUCACAAAGACAGUCUUCCCUAUAUUUUGUCAUGAUAAAACUUUGAGGAUCUUACCAGUUAAGAUCACUGUGACAGUGGGACAACCAGUGGCGACCCGUCAUAUGAAGAGAAAUUAUGGAUAAAACGUAUCGGUGCUCAUCGGCCAUUGGACAUAAACAUUACACAACAAGCCAUAUCAGCUACGUUUUUAAAAAAGGCAGUAAAUGAGGCUGAAUUAACUGUUUCGCUGCCAGACAUGGCUCUGCUGAUUGCCAAGAAAGCUCUGCUGUUAGGACAUCUUUAUGUAGGCCCUAACAGUUUGUGGGCACCGUUUGUCACCGUUAUAGUGCAAUUAAUGUAUUGUUUAGUGGCUGUGAUGGAAUGCAUAAAACAAAACAAAUGUUGAGUUUGCACCACUAAGAUUUACAUGCUAAAAUCGCCACUGGUCAACAUUAUACUUUCAAAAUCUUAGACAAGCAGUCAUCAUCAUGAAUCACGUCAACAAUGUACUGGCAAAUCCUUUUCAAUCCUUGUCAUAUGAAGAGAAAUUAUAGAUAAAAUGUAUCGGUGCUCAUCGGCCAUUGGAACAUUACACAACAAGUUGUAAAUCGCAAAUUCAACAAUUUUACAUUUGCAUAAUUUAGCAGACGCUCUUAUCCAGCAAUGAGUGGUUUGGAAGGAAUCAGUGGCUAACUGCAAGCAAUCACUAUUUUCCCUUCCCCUGCUAUUCGGUGGAGAGGGUGUGUGGUCCAAGUCUGGGUUUAAGGGUCUCUUUUCCAAGCUUAAAAGGAUAAACAGUCACACGCAACAUCAUGGGCCAGAAAAGGUUGAAUACAUUGGCCAUGCUGUCAAUCCAGCAUGACUUCUGCCGCGUUCAAAACAACUGGAAACUCGGAACUGGGAAAUCUCAGACUUCAGUGAGUUCAAGACAACUGUGAACUCAGAAAAAGACAAGCGGCCCUAACAGUUUGUGGGCACCGUUUGUCACCGUUAUUGUGCAAUUAAUGUACUGUUUAGUGUUGUGUUGUGUAGUGGCUUUGCUUGCAUGCAUAACAUUUUUUGGGGGGAGUUUGCCUCACCAAAAUGUACAUGCUAAAAUCGCCACUGGGGACAACACAGUUAAACACAGCACAAAUUGAUGUAUUACUUUCACUGCCACCACUGUUUCCUAGCACUCUACUCAUAGUCCUUCUGUUCUGAGUUAUUCAUUCACUGUGAGUGUUGAAGAGGUGGGCUUUGGUCUUGUGUCCACAAUCUUAGAGAGAGACACUCAGCUUUAUAACAAUUAUUCAAUGGAUUCUGACCCUGGUCUUAUCAACAGGUGAAGCGAUCAAAUUGUUCAUGUAUCACAUCUCACUAUUUUCUGUAGCCUAAUGUUUGACUACUAGAUCGAUUUAUUUUAUUUCUUUAUUUUCUGUUAUUGAUUGAUCCAGUAAAAAAAGCAUUUUGAUUGCUGUGGAUAUUUUUCUAUUGUCAUAUAUAUAAUGCUGUGUUUUUGUCUGGUCAUUGUCACAGCUCUGAUGUUGAUCUGAUAUUUCACUUCCUUACCAAAAUAAUGUCUGACUGCAUACAAAUAAUUUCAACAAGGUUUUAUUAAUUCAAUGUCAAACAAAUUAUUUCCCUUAUUUUCAUCUCCUGUUAAGUUUCACAAUUUCCAGCAUGUUAGUCUCUAUACAUUACAUCUAACAGGACACACCAACAGCAAGAGAAAACAGAAGAAAAAAAAUAAAGCAUCAAAUUAUGUUAAAGUAACUGGUUAAAGAGGUAGUACCUCAUCUCUAUAUUCCGUCAACAUACUGCACACAUCUCUAUUUUCAGACAUGUCUGUCCUCUUCCUGCUCACUGAUACUCACUCUAUUGGUAAAGGGGAGUGUUGAGCUAUGAUUCAAACACACAUACCACUUCCUUGUCUAGCCACUGUAGGUGUGCGUUCACAACAUGUGUAGAAUCUGCACACAUCUCUAUUUUGUAGAAUCUGUUAGGUCCACUAGUAUUACUCUAUACAGUUCUGGCUUUGUGUGUCUCUUGAUCCAUUCAAACCUCAGAUCUUGAGAAGAGGAGGAAAAACAACCGCUAA